ACGCGCGUUACGUCACUGGCAUACCUGAGUUUCGAGAAGGGGAGGGUCUGUUAGAGGAAGCACAGACACUAACACAAACGUUUCAGCAAGUAAAGGGAGCACUCUUUACCUUGGUAUAAUCGUGUGUUGAUUGUGUAUUUGUUAUUCUCAAAUCGGAAUUUAAAGGGGCGAAAAAAUAUUUUUGAACGGUUUGGACGUGGCCCUUGCUCGUCGGAUUGAAGAGGUAGCCUAUUUACUUCCUGGUUUACCGUGACAACAGCGAGCAGCUGAUGGCAGUUCACCCGCGGCGCGUUCGGCUCAAGCCCUGGUUGGUGGCGCAGGUGGACAGCGGGCUGCACCCGGGCCUGGUGUGGCUGGAUCGCGAAGCCAAACGCUUCCAAAUCCCCUGGAAACAUGCCACCCGCCACACACCCCAGCAGGAGGAGGAGAACACCAUCUUCAAGGCGUGGGCGGUGGAGACCGGAAAGUUCCAGGAGGGCGUGGAUGAGCCUGAUCCAGCAAAGUGGAAGGCCCAGCUGCGCUGUGCCCUCAACAAGAGCCGCGAAUUCAACCUGAUCUACGACGGCACCAAGGUGGUGCCCAUGAACCCGCUGAAGAUCUACGAAGUCUGUGACAUCCCUCAGCCUCUCAGCAACCCAGGCUCCACAGGUUCUGUUCCAUGGGAGGAUAAUGAUGCAGACCUUGAUGACGAAGAUGAGCCCCAGGAACCCCUCCCCCCCUACCAGCCCAAAGGUGUCGACGCCUCCCCGCUCGCUCCCGUCUGGUCCCCCGCGGGCUCCGUCUCCCCCAUCCAGCCUGCCAGCUGCCCCCCGGCGGAGGUGUGGACCAAAGAGGAGCCUGUGGACGUAGAGAUGCACCCUCCCACUCUGACGGAGUCCAUACUCUCCACCCCUGAGAUGUGGAUCAGCUCCCUGCCCAUGACCGACCUGGAGGUGCAGUUCCAGUACCGGGGCAAGGAGGUGUGCCCGGCGGUGACGGUCAGCAACCCGCAGGGCUGCCGGCUCUUCUACGGCGACCUGGGCCCCAUGGUCAACCAGGAGGAGCUGUUCGGGCCGGUCAGCCUGGAGCAGGUGCGCUUCCCGGUGACCGAGCACAUUGCCAACGAGAAGCAGCGCCUCUUCACCAACCGGCUGCUGGACGUGAUGGACCGCGGGCUCAUCCUGGAGGUGAGCGGCCACGACAUCUACGCCGUGCGCCUCUGCCAGUGCAAGGUGUACUGGUCCGGGCCCUGCGCCCCCAACAUGGCCUCCCCCAACCUCAUCGAGAGGCAGAGGAAGGUCAAGCUCUUCAGCCUGGAGUCCUUCCUCAGCGAUGUGAUCGCCCACCAGAAGGGCCAGCUGGACCGCCCCCCGCAGUUCGAGAUCCACCUGUGCUUCGGGGAGGAGUGGCCAGACGGCCGGCCCCGAGAGAGGAAGCUCAUCAUGGUGCAGGUCAUCCCCGUGGUGGCGCGGAUGAUCAACGAGAUGUUCUCGGGCGACUGCACGCGCUCCUUCGACAGCGUGCGCCUGCAGAUCUCCAUCCCGGACAUCAAGGACAACAUCGUCACCCACCUCAAGCAGCUGUACCGCCUCCUGCAGACCCACCAGGGCCACGAGAGCUGGCCCGUGAACCCCACCCCCAACAUGCACCUCCCCACCGCCCUGCACGCCCAGUGACGGGGGCCCUGACUUUCACCCACCCGCCUCUCGGCAGCGGCGGCAGAGUGGCGGAUGGGAACCACCCUCUGUAACCGUGGGGGCAGAGGGAUAUCGGCCAGUUGCAGGACUUAGCCUGGUGCUGGAGAGCAGGGCUUUGCAGAGCACCCAUAAGCCUUUGUUUGUUAAUAUUUGUAUUGGCACUAAUUACAGUAUGUGUCUUAGGUUUCCCCCCCAUUCCAUGUUACCUCUCACUAAAUAUAGGUGGCAUGGUUAAUUAGUCUGACCUCUUGGCUUCAGCCUCCUCCCUUGAACAUGCUGCACUUUGCCUCUCCAGGAUCAGGACUAAAGUCUCUGGUACCAUGAUGAAAUCUUAAGUGCCGCCCUAUACUGUGGGUAUACUGUGGGUGUACGCCCACAGAGUAGAAUAGAGAGUCCGGGAAUCACUACCUGAGAGCUGGGUUGUUCUGUGUCGGGCAGUGUUAUCCAUGGGUCUGUUCACUAAACUGUGCAAGAAUAUAUGGGGUAAUCCUUUGUCAUUGUCACUGUACUUAUGUCUAAGUGGGAGGUGUGGAUGGUAUGAUUCCUGCUCUUAGAGAAACAGUUACUGUUUACAGGAUUUUUUUCUGACUAUCUGUGCUUUACUUUCUGGCGACUUGUGUCAGGUGAAAAUGGCAUGCAAGUUUACUGUUGGCCUUUUGACAGUUGACACGAAGUAUGUUAAUUACACUGUGUUCCUUUAAAGAAAUAACAGGUAGUAUUGUAAAAGUACUUGACUUUUAAGGUGUAGCAUGGUGUGUGGCUUCAGGAUAACUGGGGUGAGGUCACCUCCCCACAGAUGAAAAGAGGUCAGUUUUGGGUUGGAUUGAGUAGCUGCUGAGAGCUGGCUGUAUGUUUCCAUUUACCAGUCACUACUCAGAGGAUAAAAGAGGCACUAGCUAUUGUCAGGAAACUGCAGUAUACUCUUUGAAAUUUUGUAUGUAUAAUUCACAGAAGAUUUGACACAAACUGUAGGGAGAGGUAAGUGCAGUUCUAAAGGACUGGAGUCCUGUACUGUACUGGGGAUUUUCGGUUAACUUUGCACUGUUGACGUUGAUAUGUCUGGAUAACUAGAAAAAAAUGCAGUGGUUUUACAUCUUAAUACUGAGUGCAAACGUUGACCGUAAGACUAUGCUGUUACCUUUGGGGGGCUGAAGUUGCCAUUCCGUGAAGUACGGGAUAUCAGCAGUAAUUGGAAUGUGAAUAUUCAAAAGUAAUUAUAGUAUAUAAUUUAAAGGAAUAUUAAGUGAAUACUGCACGUCCUUGUAGCCACAGUGGUAGAACAUACUCAGUUCAUAUUUCUUUUCACAGUUAUUCACAAACACUAUGUAUCUAUGAAUUAACUGUAAAAUUUCUUUCUUGGUGGGUGGCUAUUUUAUGUAUAAAUAUGUAUCCCCCAUUUCCCAGUUAACAGAGUACAAUUUUAUAACACCAGAGGCAUGUAGAUAUGUAGGUAUGUAGUCUCUCCUUUGAUGUACAUUGCGGUUUAUCAGAGGGGUUGAGCCUCAACUCAUGAAUUUUUCAAUUCCAUACUCUAUUAAUCUGUGUUCUUGUAUUCAAGGCCUGUUUUCUCCUUGGGCAUGUUUUAUUAUGUGGACAAAACUGAAUUAUAUUCUGAC